CUUCUGUGAGCUUCAGACUGCCUCUGAUUCCACAUCGUCCGGCCUUUUUUCGUGAACUAGCUACUCCUCUCUGUUUUUAUUAAUGCGAGAUGAGUGAUCAAAAGAAGGAAGCGAUGGCGACAGAGGGAGGAAAAGCAUCUGGUGGUGAUUAUGGUAAUAAAGGCAAAACUUCUGGAUCACAGGAUGCGCAGCCAUCUCCCCUGGCCCUGCUCGCAGCCACAUGUAGCAAAAUAGGUGGAACUCCAGGCGAGAGUCCGGCUGGCGGACAACAACAGAUCAUCCUCGACCACAGCCAGGGGCUCCUGCAGCUACAGACCCAACCGCAGCAGCUUGAGCUGGUCACGACGCAGCUGGCCGGGAAUGGAUGGCAGAUAGUUUCUGCAUCGCCCAACUCAUCUAAAGACAAUACCGCACAAACUGGAGUUACAGUUGCGACCGGCACCACAACCAACACACAUGACAGCACCUCGACGAGGAAACUUAAAGCCCUCGGUUUAAGCAAUGCGCCCGCCGGACAACAACAGCUUCAAGUCAUUCAGCUGCAGAACAUGCCAAAUGCGACGGGCAGCAUUCAGUAUCAGGUUAUACCUCAAAUUCAGACUGUGGACGGCCAGCAAAUUCAGAUUAGUCCAAACCCAGCUGCUCUCAACGUACAAUCGGAUCAGAUUCAACUUAUUCCUGCCGGAAAUAAUCAGGCAAUCCUCGCAACCCCGAACAGGGCUAGUUCGGCAAACAUUGUCACCCAGAAUGUGGCGAACCAGGCGAUCCCUCUUCAAAUUAGACCGGGGAUGUCCUUCCCUGUGCAGCUACAGACAAUCUCGGGCGCUCAGACUCAAGUGGUGACCACGUUGCCCAUUAACAUAGGCGGAGUUACGCUGGCUUUGCCUGUGAUCAACAACGUGGCCGCGGGAGGAGGGUCAGUUCAGCUGGUCCAGCCCACUGACGGCGGAGUUUCCAACGGCAACCAGCUCGUGUCCACGCCCAUCUGCACUGCUGGCAGCACUGUGGCGGAAUCCCCGGUCACUUCCACCUGUGCCGCGACCACUGUCAGCGAUUCACUGGUAGUGACCUCGCAUGAAGGCGGGCAGUUCAGCACCGCCCCCUCCACUUCUGACGGCGCAGCAGAGGGUGAAUCGCAGAGCGUCCUUUCGUCGGAUUCCGAAUCUCAAAGUUCCAACCAAGUUCAGACGAACGGAGUGCAGUCUGUGCAGGAGCACCAGGGUCAGAUCCAGCACGUGCAGAUCGUGGGGCAGCCGGUUCUGCAGCAGAUCCAGAUUCACCCGGCCCAGCAGCAGCUCCUCCAGGGGCUUCCGCAGCAGGCAAUACAGCUCCAGCCAGGACAGACCGUUCAGGCGCUACAGCAACAGCCCCUGCAGAACGUGCAGCUACAGGCGGUACAAAGCCCGACGCAAGUUUUCAUCCGCGCGCCCACGCUUACUCCUUCGGGGCAGAUCAGCUGGCAGACAGUGCAAGUGCAAAACUUUCAAGGCCUUCCGAACGUGCAGGUUCAAAAUGCUGGAGUGCCGCAGCAGCUCACCUUGACUCCUGUAACCUCAAACGCCAGCGGCGGUACCUUCGCCCAAAUCGCCCCUAUUACGCUGGGCGGGACACCCAUCACGCUCAACGCUGCACAGCUCACCUCGAUGCCAAACAUUCAGACUGUCAACAUAGCGAACCUCGGUGCUGCAGGGGUUCAAGUUCAGGGAGUCCCUGUGACUAUCACGGGGGUACAUGGCCAGCAGCAGAGCCAGGAUGCAGUUAAGAUGCAGCCCACACCAGUGACCGUUGCCAUGGGCAGCAUUGCAAACGCAGCCUUGAGUGCCGUGAGUCCGGACCAGAUCACCCAGGUCCAGAUACAGCAGAACCAAACCAUCUCGGAUCAGGAAGGACAGCCCAGCAAGAGGCUCCGCAGGGUGGCCUGCUCGUGCCCAAACUGCCGCGAUGGAGAGGGGAGGAACAACAGCGAGCCAGGGAAAAAGAAACAGCACAUCUGUCAUAUUGAGGGCUGUGGGAAGGUUUAUGGGAAGACAUCACACCUGCGGGCACACCUGCGCUGGCAUACGGGUGAACGCCCCUUUGUUUGCAACUGGAUCUUCUGUGGCAAGAGGUUCACCAGGAGCGAUGAGCUGCAACGACAUCGCCGGACACAUACAGGUGAGAAGAGGUUUGAAUGUCCAGAAUGCUCAAAGAGGUUUAUGAGGAGUGACCAUCUCUCCAAGCACAUUAAGACACACCAGAACAAAAAAGGCGGUGCGGCCCUGGCUAUAGUGACCACUGAGGACAUGGAGGCCACUGUAAACGAGGUGCUCGGGUCACCCCGGAUUGUUACUGUGGCGUCUCUCUCCCAAGAUUCCAACCCAGCCACACCUGCCACUUCCACUAACAUGGAGGAGGAGUUCUAAAAUACCACCCCCUGCCCGCCCCAGGGCAUCAAUUGACAUUUGCACAUUAUGGUUCCAUACCUUUUUUUUAGAUACAAACUGGACUGAACAAACAGAAAUACCUGCACAUCAGAAUUGUUAUUAUGUAUUAAGAGUCAAGGGUUAUGACAUUUACUGUGCUUGAAAAAGAGCUAUUUAUUUAAUCACAAAAAGAGGUUUAUUCUUGGUCAAAUAAGCACAAAGAGAAGGUUUAAGGAUAAAGAAUAAUGCCACUAGAAACAAAAAUUAUGGAGUAACAGUAAAUCUAUUUCUAUGCACAGAAUGUAUUUCUACUUUUGACUUGAGUUAAAAAAAUAUUUCAGUUUUAAUGUCUAAGGGACAAAUAGUGCAGUGAAUCUGGCCAUAGUUCACGUUGAAUGGUUCAGGUAUAGAAAGGCUGUUGAAACUGUUCUUUAUACCUGAAGGACAGAUUAAAGUUAUAUAUAAGUACAAAGAGUGAACGCACAGAGGUACACUGAUGAGCAAGAUUCUACUAUUCAGUCCAAGCCAUGGACUUUAGUGCGAUAAGUAUUGAUACCCAAUACUAAUUAAAUCUGUGAUUGUCCUCUCAUCUAAAAGAAUGAACAUUUAUCUAAAGACUCAGGCCUAUUUUCAGUUUAACCACAGUGCACUUUGUCAUUAACCUCAAGAAGUAACAUUGAACAGUUGUUACCUUUUUCAUUACUUAAACAGAGUGGUCUGUGAAAUGAAUUAAAAUUAGUGCAAGUAUGAAAACGUAUGCCCAAUAUUGUUGGGAAGAGUUGGGGAGAAAGCUCAUUGUGGUUCAAUUGAAUUUAUGCUUUUGUCCUUCACAUAAAUUAGUAGAGUAUGCAGCUCUAAAAGAAUGCAAAAUAUAUUUCAUUGAAUCUCUUUUUACUGAGAGAUGAAUUAAUUUCUUCCUAUUUAUUUAAGGAAUUGUUCAUGUUUAAAACAACAAGAAGCACAUAUUUAAUUAGAUUUACUAACAAUACUUACAUUUCCAGAAUCACUAAUGUUUCUAUGAGUCGUUUAAAAAAAAUAGCUUUCUACUACUUGAUACAUUUGGAGAAAGUGAUACUAUUAAGACAAUCUUCUUGGAAUCAUGUUUACAUUAUUAAAUAACUCUUUGUCUUAAGGAGCUAAUUAAUAUAUAUAUAUGUUUAUGUCUAUAGAUACAUAUGAAAAUAUGAAUACAUGCAUACACACAUGUGUACAUUUUAUUUACAUUCAUGUUGAGCUACUCCAUGACUCGGUGUAUACUACAAUGCCUUAAUAUAUACUGCAGAAACAGGUUCAAUCAUGGCUCCCUAACUUGCAGAAGGGGCCUUCCUAUAGCUAAUUGUUGUGAAGUAGCUUUCCAAGUCCGCUACUGUGUCUUCUAUGAGAUGUUGUAUAGUGCCCAAUUCUUAAAGAAACUGCAGCUAAACCACAUCCUAUGAUGCCCAAGGACACAGGAGAAUAAUGUACUGUACAUUGGAGUAAACUUUUUAAAACAUUUCUUUUUCCUUCCAUUCCAUUUUCCUGUUGCAAUACCAAUGCCACUUGUCUUGCUUUGUUGUAGAGCAGUUCAUUUAGUAAUUUUGAUGUUAUGAAAUAUUGUCCUAGUGUUGUUCUAGGUGUUGGGUAUCUUUUUGAGUUUUGUUUAUAUUCUAGCAGCAGUAAAUACCUGUAUAGCUCAUUUAUUUAUUUCUUAUUUUAAGGAUUCCCUUUGCAAAUUGAAGAAGCUAUAGUGUAUAGUAAGCUAUGAAUUCAGGAGAUCAUGUGCAGCAUGUUUUCUUUCUGCUUAUCGUAAUGAUUUUUCCAUAUUUUACACAUUGUGAUCUUUUUAUAUGUGUAAUCAUAGCAUCUCAAUUUGUCAAAUUUUUUCCAGUACCAAUGUUGAUGAUGUUUAAAGUAAGAAUAAUUGAUACCAAACAAUUUAAAAGAUUUUGGGUAACAUUUUGUGUGACAAAUGAUUUUGUUUAAUAUUUUCUAGUGGCAUCUCAUUUGUAAAUCUUUUUUAUAAAACAUUUAUUUGUGUCGCCAUGAUGUUUAAUAAUGUAUUUUUGCCAGCCAUGCCUCAAAGGCUGCAGUCUAUUGACAUUUUUAAACCAAUAAAUUUGUACAAAUGUGUUUUGUGAAUAAAAAAAUAAAUAAAAAGGUUGUCUGCAUAACAAAGUGACAAGGUGAAUAAAUAUGUAAUUCUCUUGUA